UGAAAUUGCAUCUUUAUGUACAAAGAUUCGGCGGUUUAUCAUUGAAAAGCUCUGUGAUUUGAGGGAACUAGGGUUGCCGAAUUUCCGGUUUUCAUUAAACAUUCAACGUUCAGGACCAGUUGAUGCUGUGGAUCCCACUAAGCUAGUAUGUAUAGACGACUACAAAGCAAGUGAAGACACGCAACUUACAGAAAAUGAAAGCAAACGUGAUGUCGAGUUGAAUCAGGAUGAAAAAGCUGCACUAGACUGUUGGUUUUAUGAACAGAAAAAUGAUGCUCAAGGAACAGUUGCAGCUGCGUAUGAAUACGAAGAUAUUGGACCGCCUUCCGCAAAGAGAAAAUGUCUAGAAGGAAAAGGUACAGCAAGAGUUACAGCCCCGAGCCACGUUCUGCCCAAGCUGCCCAACACUACAGCUGCGUGUGAAUGCGAGGGUAUGUGACUGAUUUUCGCUGGAAACGUUUAGUUAUUGUGAAAGUUUCUAAUCGUUUUAAUUUGUCCACAGCACUUAUUCAGAACAAGGAUGGUAGAAAGAAGCUCACUCGAGUCAUUAAAAAGAACGUGUCCGGCUCGUAUCUCGAAAUCGGACUCGAGGUUGGCUUGAAAAAGGACAGAAUAGAUGAACUGGCUAAUCCUCAACCGACUGGACACGCUAAACUUCAAGCCAUUCUCUGUGAAAUACAGCAGGACGAGGGCGAGGAAAGAAUGCUCCGAAAAGUUUUAGAGGCUUGCGAAUACUUGCAUAUAAUGGGUGAUAUUCGGGAUGACUUGGCUAAAGAAAAUGUUUAGCAAAUUUGCUUUUUACAUAGACUUGCCAUUUGAAUGUAUGCAUGCUGUACGUUUUGUUGCGCGCAAAGAAUUUGGAGGGAUUCAAACUACUAGAUAAUGACUGUCCCAUGCGAUUUUAUUUUGUGCAUGCGUGUAUUUAGAAAUAAUGAUAUAUGUAGCAAACC